GCCUUUUAAAUAAUUUUUUGUCGAGUAAAACGUACGAACUGAACUAAUCUCACAACAAAAAAUCAAAGUUAAUUAAUUUUUUGCCCGCUUGUUUGACACGUCAGGUGUCAAAACUGACGUUUAAUGCCAAAGUUGAGGUUAUACUAAUACAAAAUAAUUAAAUUAGCACCUUAUUUGCAUUGAUUCCUUCAAAUUACGACAAAAUAUAAGAGUUCUGGUCGUAAUUACCAAUUCCGAAAUGAUUUUGGAGUGUGUUUAUGUCACAAAUCGCAUUAUUUUUCGAAUGAACAUUGAACAAGACUCCUGGUCAAAGUUUAAGUAGUGAAUAAAUCGUUCCGUAGUCUUGUUUUGGAAAAAUGAAACUCCUGUAUUAUAACACCGUUGUCCUUUUCUUACGCCAGUACAAAAUCGAGACCAGGCCAAAUGCCGGGCCUGGGUUUUGGCUCAUGCUCUUAUUGCCCUCGGCCCUAAUUAUUUCAGUGGCCCAGCAUCCAAUUAUCUCGACUUCCACUUACAAAUUAUCGUCGAUUUUUUCAUUAGGGUUGAUUUUAACGUCGUUCACAUUUAUGCACCAAAUAUCACAAACAAGACUGAAACUUUUGAACAUUUGGCUUGUGACAAGUUGCCUCAUUGUGGCCGUUUUAUUUAGGAUAUGUCUUCACAGAGGAUGGCCGUUUUCGGUUUUUAGUGCCUUUGUUGCGACGUUUUUUUACCAUAAACUCUACAUUUAUUUUUUACAAAAACUGCCGAAAUGCUUCACAUUGGGCGAAGCUGCGAUUUGUACUCAAAGUUACACGCUUUUGUUGUAUUUCACUUCGGUUAAUGUUUGGCAAUGGGUGAGAAAACCGGCCAGUAAUGUUGUUCAAAUGUCGACUCUCACAAUUCAGCUGGGUUUGUUGGCAAUAUCGACAAUCAUUUUCCUGGCGUACAAAUUGAGAAUAACAAGUAGUUUUAAAUUUUACUCUCUAACAGCGGCAAGUUUCGUUUUGAUCGUUUUAUUGCCGCUACAAUUUUUAAUGCGAAUAAAUCCGUUGUUAUGGAUUUUAAAUUUAAUUUGGGACGACCUUUUUGCGAACAUGGUUGUCGUUUAUUGGGCUUUUUUCAGCAUUAUUGCUAUAGCGGCCGUAAAUCUCCGAAUAAAAAAGGCCCAAAAGGCUUCAACUGCCGUACGAAAAAUCUUCCAUUUAUUAACAGUCGCCGUUUUUAUCCCUGGUCUUUUAUACAACUGUUCCUUCCUCUAUUUAGCCACAGGGGUGAUCCUUGGAAUUUUUUUCAUGCUGGAGGUUUUGAGGGUGUUGAACAUGCCACCCUUGGCCGAGGUUUUGCAAAACGGCCUUGUUGUGUUUUGUGACGAAAAAGACACCGGAAUUAUAGCUUUCACACCGAUGUAUCUCUUGGCAGGUUGUUCACUGCCUUUGUGGAUCCACCCAUCGCCUUGUGAUGUUACAAAUUCGGCGGUUUUUAAUUUGUUGCCUUUGUUGAGUGGUUUGUUGACCAUUGGGAUCGGUGAUACGGCUGCGAGUGUCGUUGGUUCAAAGUUUGGCAAAUUUCAUUGGCCAGGUUCUAGGAAAACUAUAGAAGGGACACUUGCGUGUAUUUUGAGCCAACUUUUUGUCAUAUUUGCUUUUGUCUACUUAGAUUACGUAAAAUUGGUGACUUCUGUACAAUACGUGAAGACUGUUUCCGCAGUAAUUGUUACCUCGAUUGUUGAGGCAAAAACUGAUCAAGUUGAUAAUUUAGUGCUGCCAUUUGUGAUGUAUUUAUUUUUUAUUGUGGUUUAGUUAUGUGUCAAUAAAGAAAUUUUUAUAUUU